UGUCCGGUCCCUCCUCACGCCUUCUCUGCCAUCUCCUCUUGCAUGCUUGUCGCGCUUCGAUGCAGAGCGCCGACGCUCUCUCUCUCUCUCUCUCCUGAGUAGACGACCUCGGCCACUUGUCCAUGCUCAGAACCUUCUCCAACGCAUGCUAACCACGCCACUAAUGCCUUCUUCCUUUAUUUAUGCACUCCCUCUCCUCUCUGCUCUUCUCUAGUCUCCACUACCCUACUCAGGCCUCCACCCCUCCUAUUCCUGCUGCUGCAUUCCCUCUCUCUUUGACUCUUUGUCGCAUUUGCUCACAUCUUCUGGGUCUGCGUUAGGUUAGGUUAGGGGACGCGCACAAACGGCAAAACCAUCAGCACCCAUUAUGGCGUCAAGGGUGGUAACGAUCAAGCAGGUGUUCCCUAGUGGGACGGAGUCGGAAGUUCUGAGAGUGGAGAAGGCCGUGCUCUCGCUGGUGGGGUACGAUAACGGCGGUCAGACGGCCGGCGUCAUUCGCACAGGCGAGUUCUCCAUCGGGGUGGUUAUGCAGACAAUUAGUCCUAUCUUGGUCACUGUGUGCAUGGUGGGUGAUCUUCAGUGGCCCAUCACCAAGGACUCCCCGAGCCUGAGAGUUGGGUCAAGGAGCUUCGCGUUCGCAAUGCCGGGGCUGCUGUAUGGCCUCCAGUUUCCUGAAGACUGUAGCGAGCAAGCAAUGCAGGUGCUCGAAAGGGUUUUGACGAGGUUCAGCCAUUAUGAAGACCAUUCGCUUUCAGGCAGAGAAUCGGGAACCAAAUUUUUGGUGCCGGAAGCCGAACCAAGUUUCUGGUCUGCAUCGCAGUCAAAGAUUCGAGAACUCACAGACCCAUUGCUCAAUCAAAUAGGCGCAGGCCCCGCCGGCAAAUCACCGGCUCGUAUGGGCGGCAUGGACGAGGGAUUGUUGAAGGCUAUUCGUAUGUCAGGGGUGACCAAAUUGAUCUCUAAAGCUGUCCUGGUCGGUGGUCUCCAGCCAGAGCACGUCGACAUCUUCGACAUGAGGCCACAGUCCAAUGCCAACCAAAACGUGAAUCUGUUGCGAGCGUUUGCUACCAUUUUUGCAUUUUCCGAUCUCGUAGAAGCUGUGGAAGCAACUAGACUGGUUAUCUCCGGCAACCGUCGAUCACUGCCGCUGUUUCAUCCAACAUGGACGCCAUUGCCAGGCAUAAGAACUUGGAACAUAAACAAGAAGGGGUUGCUUCUGCUGCUUCAAGUGUUAAUUGCGUCGGCUUCAAUCUACAACGACGAGGGGCUGGGAGCCAUGGACAACACCACUGAUCAUGAAGAGAAGAGGAGGGCUAAAGUAGUGAUGGAUUCAGAACUAACAGAAGAAGAAUCAAGAGUAGGAGAGCCGAUGGAACACAAGGCAAAGUCGUCGGACGAGGCAAAGGAACAAGAGACUACUAGCAAAGAAGAAGAAGAAGAAGAAGAAGAAGAGACUGUAGCAGUGCGUGAGAUCAGUUUUCCGAUAAUUGCUGUGGCUGGCAAUGGAAUUACAGGCCGUGGAGGGAAGAAACAAGUUAAUGAUAAAUUGGAGAAGGCUUGCGUUGGUAUGGAAGUUAUUUGAGAGGUUCGCUAUGGAGCAGUUAAGUAAUGUUUGUGGGUUGAAAAAUCAUAUUAGCUAGGCUUUCAAAUUUGACUUGUUGAAAAAUGAAAGGAUUGUUAUUAGCUAGUAUGCACUACUUCUGUUCUCAGACAAUUCUUAAUUAGUGAGUGAUUUUUUACCAUUGAAAUGGGAUGUGCCAAAACCACUUAUCUUUUAUUAAUGUUGGCAACAGUACUGAGUAUCUCAA